CGCAGGUCUUAGCAUCAUGUCUGGUCGUGGCAAAGGUGGUAAGGGUUUGGGAAAAGGGGGUGCUAAGCGCCAUCGGAAGGUGCUUCGUGAUAACAUCCAAGGUAUUACGAAACCGGCUAUUCGUCGUUUGGCGCGCCGUGGUGGUGUAAAGCGUAUUUCUGGAUUGAUAUAUGAAGAAACCCGAGGCGUACUGAAAGUAUUUCUAGAGAACGUGAUCCGCGACGCUGUCACUUACACUGAACAUGCCAAGCGAAAGACUGUGACAGCCAUGGACGUGGUGUACGCUCUGAAACGCCAGGGUCGCACUCUCUACGGAUUCGGGGGCUAAGUUUUCAUCCCGCUUUAAAGUUGAAACAUCUUCAAAAACAAAGGCUCUUUUAAGAGCCACCCACACUUUCACAAUGAGAGCUUAAGUGCUAGUGGUCUGUUUC